AUGGAUUCCAACCCAAUUGAUGAAUUAUACCUGCUGGUCUACUGGCAGCGAGAGAAGACCAAAGAGCUCCAAGCCCGAGUGAGCGCCCUGGAGGCGCAGCAGCAGCAGCAAGAACAGCAGAUCCAGCAGCUCCAGCAGCAAAUCGUGGAGCUGCAACAGCAGCAACAACAACAGCAGGAGGAGGAUCAGGAGCAGCCGCAGCCGCAGCAGCCGCAGCAGCAAAAUGCCGUCGUCGCCGCUGCCCCCGCCCCCAUCAGCAUCAGGCCAUGCUACGAUUGCAGCCGAAGAGGCCAUCUAAGCAGGAACUGUCCCAGUCGAAGGGGACGCACCACGGUCCAGAAUCUUUCUGGAAGAAGAAUUAUAUACAUUGAUAGGAGACAAUAUUAUUAA